GUGUGUGUGUGUGUGUGUGUGUGUGUGAUGGAGUCCCCUGUGCGAGCAGGGCUCUGCGCACGUCUCCAGCAUCCCGAGAUGCUGCUUCAUUUCUCCAUCGAGAGGCAGAACAAGGGUUGUCGGUUUCCUGUUGUGGUUGUUUGCUUUCGUCCGGCCUUUGGUCCCAGUCUGACUGUGUUUCUGAGGAGGAGGAAGAGGGAGGCUGUCAUGGGAAAAGGCAAGCCGCAGCCAGACGCCGCAGGCGGGAACAAUACGUGGAGAAGGGACGCUCUUUCAGUCGAAAUAAAUCUCCCUUGUGUGGCGCAUUGGCGGCCUGCUGAGGUGUUUCCUGUCUUCUAGAUGGUUCCAGGGUGGAUGAAGGAGGAGAGGCCGUGGUGGGACGGCAGCUCAAAAUGGCAGAUUCAAGCAGCGAGCCCCAGUUGUGGCCGGUGGGCAUGGUUCUGAAGGGCAGCUCAGAGGCGCUGUGUCCCCCCCCAUCUCUGGAGCUGCGCCCGUCCUGCAACAAGAGCCAGCCCUCCCCUCCUCUGGGCUCCAGCUCACAGCCACACGACGGAGUCAUUUCUGAGGACAAGGAGCCCAUCAAGUACGGCGAGCUCAUCAUCCUGGGCCACAAUGGGUCACUGGCAAAUGGUGACAAAGGUCGUAGAAGAAGUCGCCUUGCCCUUUAUAAGAGACCUAAAGCCAACGGGGUCAAGCCGGAUGUUAUCCACAAUGUCUCAACACCACUGGUGUCAAAGGCUCUCAGCAACAAAAGCCAGCACAGCAUCUCCUACACACUGUCACGGAGCCACUCUGUCAUUGUGGAGUACACACAUGACAUCAACACAGACAUGUUUCAAAUCGGCAGAUCUACAGAGAGCAUGAUUGACUUUGUGGUCACGGACACGGCAGGCAGCAGCAGCGGUCACGGUGGAGGGGCAACGGGGGAGGGUGGUGGAGGAGGCCAGUCGGCCCAAAGCACCAUCUCUCGCUACGCCUGUCGCAUCAUGUGUGAACGCAGUGCUCCCUACACAGCCCGCAUCUACGCUGCUGGGUUCGACUCCUCCAAAAACAUCUUCCUAGGGGAACGGGCUGCCAAAUGGAGGACCUCAGACGGCCUGAUGGACGGCCUCACCACCAACGGGGUUCUGGUGAUGCAUCCGGCCGGAGAGUUUGUAUCUGAACCUGCUCCGGGUGUGUGGAGGGAGAUCUCAGUGUGUGGCAACGUGUUCGCCCUGAGGGAGACGCGCUCAGCCCAGCAGAGGGGGAAACUGGUUGAAAACGAGUCAAACACUCUCCAGGACGGUUCUCUCAUCGACCUGUGUGGGGCCACCCUGCUUUGGCGAACUCCUGCCGGACUGCGCCACAUUCCCACCCUCAAGCAGCUGGAGUCCCUUCGGCAGGAGCUGAACGCCGCUCGGCCCCAGUGCCCUGUUGGCUUCAACACCCUGGCCUUCCCCAGCCUGGCCCAGCGCGAGAUUGUUGACAAGAAGCAGCCCUGGGUCUAUGUCAACUGUGGCCACGUGCACGGAUACCACAACUGGGGCUAUCGCAAGGAGAAAGGGCCCACCAGUCCGGGGGGCACAGCACCAGCCGGCACUGGUGAGAGAGAGUGCCCGAUGUGCAGGAGGGUGGGCCCCUAUGUGCCUUUGUGGUUAGGCUGUGAGGGCGGAUUGUACUUGGACGCCGGCCCCCCCACACAUGCCUUCUGUCCCUGUGGCCAUGUGUGCUCUGAAAAGACAGUGGUGGGAUGGAGCCAGAUCCCACUGCCCCACGGCACGCAUGCCUUCCACGCUGCCUGUCCCUUCUGCGGUACUUGGCUGACGGGGGAGCAGGGCCACGUCAAACUCAUCUUCCAGGGGCCCGUCGACUGAGGCUCACACACACACACACACACACACACACACACACACACACACAUUAAAUCAACACAGGCUGAAUAAACCAACAUAUUGCUGUUAGUUUUUUUGCUAUGUAAUUUUACAAUCGGCUCCCCAUAAUACCAGCUGUGCAGACACAGCAUGUUAUCCUGUUACUAAAAAUAACUGAAGGUCACCUGCAGCCCCCCUCGACCCCCUGCAGGUGGAGAGCGAACGCACACGACUCUUAAAGCUUGAUGUUGCUCCAACUUAUGCCCUUCCAUACAUCUCAAGGGAAUCGGCUUUUCAAGGCUGUUUGUGUGCCAUGAAGUCUGGAUCUGGAUGACAGUCGUGCCAGCAGUGGGAGCAAAAGCGAUUAUGAAAUGUCAUGUGGGUUUUAUUUGCCGUGUCAGCAGUGAUUCAGAGGAGACGCUUCCUGCACACAGGUGAGCGACUCCAGGCAGAACAAAGCAAGGUCAUCAGUGACAGGGACCCUGCUGUGAUCCACAGACAGCGUUAGGAGAGAGUUCAGACUGGGUUUCCAAUCAUUGUUUUUCAGAAUUUUAUUACAUACAUCUUUUUAAUAUGUACAGAAAGAAACAUGAUCAAACUCUGCAGUAAGACAAAACCAAAGGGGACAAGCCAAACAAGACAAAAAAGUGACAACAGCUAUUACCUGGUGUUUUUUAACCAACACCGUCUAAUGAGUGCCUUUGCUGCAUUUAACUAUUAAAAAGCAAUAAAGAAUUGUGCAAACGACACAGAAUACCCCCUUAACCAAAACAAUCCAAAGUGAAAAGUAAAAAAAAAAGUAAAUGCAGACCACAUUCAUGAGCAAACCCCCCACCCUUUCUAUUAAACCCCACCUGAUCAGCACCCCCACCCCCUACCUCCAUUCAGUAAACAGUAUAGGAUUCAAUGAAUACACCAAAACCAGCAGCCUAGAAUACAAAGACUGGCUGAAAAUAUAAAGACAUGUAAUCAAAGCCCAAACUUACAUGUGUGAGAGUCAGACAAAGUUUUAUUCAUGAUUUCUAGUUGUGCAUCUACAGGUGAGAACGGUGUGAUGCUGUGACGGGGAGGGGUACCCACCGACUGCUCAAGCUUUAUUCAACAUCAGAUUCAACCUGACAGAAACCCCACCCCAGAGUGAUGACAGGCGGCCAGCAACAGCGCUGAACCAGGUCAGUUGGUGCCUUUGACCACUAGGGGUCUAAUACGUCCAGGUGUUUCUGGGGAGCGCCAGCUGUGGGACGGAAGGGAAGGGAAAAUCAGGGAGUUCAUAUCCGGUCAGCAAGCCAAGACCAGUCAGUCCCUGAAACUCCAGAGGAAGUUGCCAAGGAUGAAGCGAACAGCAUCACAACCACUAAGAGAAGGAGAUAGGAGCUCUGGAGGACGACGGCAGAAAACUUCCAGUUCUAGUUUACAGCAGGAGACUCAGUGCUGCUAGAAGACAGUUCACUUAUUGCAGAGGGACGUUGGUUCCCCCCCUUCUGGUUCCCCUAAAGUCCACUAAGACAUGGCUAUCAGUUCUAACAUCGCUCAGAGCUCUGGGCUUGGAAACAGACUCCUAACCCUCUGAUGCUACAAUAUUAACAUGAGAGUGAGAACUGGUGAGUCCAGUUGGAAUGUCCUCCGGUCCAUUCAGACUCCUCCCAGGUUCUCAGGCCUUGCUGUCAAACCUUCCUACAACA